AUGGCAGACAUUCAACAGUCAACCAGCAGCAUGGCAUCAUCGAGCGGUACCGCCUACGCUCUGUUCUUGCACCGUCAGGAGUUGCAACGCCGCCAGAUGCUAUACACUAAGGUUUCCAAGACCAAAAUUCAGCUGACAAAGGAACUGAUAGCCAAGCAGAAGCAACGGUUGGGCUCCUGCACCAGCGAGGAUCUGGAGAUCCUCAACAGAGAGACGCAGUUCAAGCGAACGCUCCAGCAGAAGCUGAAGCAUCGCAACAAGCAGCUCAAAGCCAUUGCCAGGCAACAGGAGAAACGAAGCUGA